AUGGAUCAACCAACAUCAAAUAAACAACAUAAAAUAUAUGUUUACAAACAAAAAGAAUCUAUUGAUAAUUAUGGUUCAACGAAACUCGUCAAAAAUAUUCCUCUUGGAGGAAUAAAUUCAUUAUUAAAAUGGUCAAAUGAAUCAAAUGAUAAUCUUAAUCGAUUAAUGAAAAAAAUCAAUCGUGUAGAAUCAACAUAUCAAUAUAGUAAAAUACGUUCACAAAUUCUUUUAAAUAUAUCUCAUUUAAUUGAACAAUCAUUAAAACAAAUUGAUGAAUAUCGUUUUAAAAUCGAAAAUUAUCUUUUUCAUAUUAUUUCAAAUAAAAAUUCAACUAUAUUAAAUCAAACAAAUUAUAUUAAAGAUAAAUCAUUUAUUAAAUUUCCUCAAAGACCAUCUAUUCCAAUUGAAUUAUUUCAAAAAACAAAUCAAUUUGAUUUGAAUUAUUUUAUCAAUUAUUCAAAUAUUGAUCAAUCUAACGAAAUAAAUACAUUAAUUGGUCGAUAUGAUAUUACAAAUCGAAUGAAUCCAACAAAUGAUAAUUAUAUAAUAAAUCAACGAAUAAAUAAAAUAAGUGAAUAUAUAUCUGAAAAUCCAUUUGAAUAUAUUGAAGAAUAUUCAAAAUAUUUAAAAAAAUUAUUAAAUGAAUAUAUAAAGGAUGAUUUAUAUGAAAAUAUAAAAUCAAAAAUAAAUUCUUUAUCAUUAUGUGAACAAAUAAAAGAUUUUUUUAAAAAAUUAAAUCAAAGAUAUCGAAUUAUAGUACAAGUUUAUAUUGAACAACAUCUUGAUCAAUCAAUUAUAAUUGCAUCGAGAUCUUUAUGGGAUAACAAAUAUGAUACAUUUAUACAAGAAACUGUUUUUAAAAAAAAUAUUUUUAUUCUUGUUAUUAUUUUUUUUAUUUAUAAACAAUAA